UCUACACCACACAGCCACGUAGAGGAUCGCAGCUGGAGAGACACACAGGGCACGCUUUGUUUAAAUUUCGUCACAGACGACGAUAGGCAUACCGCCACGCUUAGCAGCAGGAGUUUUGCACCAGCAACAUUUAUUGGCCAACUUUUACUGUCGUCUCUCUGCAGCAAUCCUGACGUCCACCUUCCAGCUGUUGGGCUUGGAGAAUUCCAGUGGAGCGGAGCUUGGGAAAGCAAUGAACAACAGCGCUUUGGCUUUGAGGUCACCUGCGACUCUAGUUGUCGUGCACAGGCAGCCUCUGCUGUUCCCUAUACUCCUGGCUACACUUUUCGGCGCAGCCCGCAGAAGAAGGACAUACGUCUCCGAUGCGAUCUGCGUGUUUCAAGUUGGCAAUGCAAGUGGUUCCGUCACAUUUCACCAGGAUCCCUUCAGCUUUGUGAGGCUGCACGGCAACAUAACCAGGCUACCACAAGGGAAACAUGGCUUUCACGUGCACGAAUACGGCGAUUUGUCGGACGGUUGCGCAUCGACUGGCGCGCACUAUAAUCCUCUAGGUAUGACUCAUGGUGGUCCAAUGGACAGAAAACGGCACGUGGGUGACUUGGGAAACAUCGAAGCUGACAAGAGUGGUACUGCCGUAUUUAACAUGACGGACCGCUUUUUGACUUUAAACGGCGGACACUCCAUCAUCGGUCGUGCUCUUGUGGUGCACGCAGAUGUGGAUGAUCUCGGUCGCGGCUCCCACAAUGAUAGUCUGACUACCGGACAUUCUGGAAGCCGUAUAGCCUGCUGUGUCAUUGCGAUUCAACCUCCGAAACCGAAGAAGAAUUACAGAAAGAAUGAAAAAUCACCAAGUAAAGGUGGAAAAAAUGAAAAAUAAACGUUAAGAAACACAAAAACACGACAUUUGGGUUAAUUUUGGUUUUGUAAUUAUAAUUGCAAAUGACCGUUUGCCGACAAAAAUUUAGAGGCUAAGUUCCAAUAUAUAACAGAAAAUAAAUCUACUUUAUAUUUUAAAAAAUCCGGCAGAUCCCACGCACUGUGGGAAUCGAUGUA